AUAUACAAAAUCACAAACAUGAUGCCAUAACUGAUUUGAAUGUCUAUUGCUUGUUACUUACUCGAAAUAAAAUAAAUAAUCAAAUGGAUUAAACCAAGUUAUUGUAUUCUUUAUCUUCAAGAUAACAUUAAAUAUAACCCCCACUAUGGAUGUAGUAUUUUACAGUUUGCUAAUAUUUGCCCUACUAGUAGUAAAUAUUGUGUCCAUGCGAAACUUCCACAUUCCGCAUCCAUAUUUCCAUGCGAUUCAGCACAGAGACUACCCUCUCGACGACAGCUCCAGCAGCGAGGGGGUCAUACUGCGCGCGCACCGCAGACACAACCGGCACAGCUCCAGCGACUGCUCAGCGUCCGAACACCAGUACAACUGCAAAUGCAGCUGCCAAAAAUGCAAGAAGAAACCAAAAAAAUCUUGCUGCAGGGAUUUCUGCGCUACACACUGCCCAGGACAGUCUAACAUUCUCGUUGUACCAUACCCAGUACCGUUUAUGCUCCAAACAGGACCUGGCAAUAAUACGGAUACCGGUAUGCUCUUAAGAGAGGCACCCCCGGAUAGAAUCAAUAUCACACACGAAACAGUGACAGCGACGACGGAAGCGACGACGGUGGCGAUAACGGCAGAGACAACAACGACAACGAUAGCGACAACGGAGACCACGACGGUGACAACCUCCCAACCCUCAAGCUUCUCAACUACAACUAAACGAGUUCUCACGACUCCAGUUACUAGAAGGACUCUAGACUCCCUGCGCUACACGUUAGCUCCUCAAAGCUUAAAGAAAUACUAUUCGAAUGGUGCAGGCUACAAACGCUUCAGAAUUCUCCCCGAUAAGGGAUCGAGAAGAAUCUACCAGAGCAACCAGCGCCCUGCCAAGUUCGAGGAACUCCCGAAAUACGGGAUUGUCCCUAUUCCUGAGAAUUUGGCUAUGAACCUCAUGCAUCAAAUAAGGAAUGAUCAAAGAAGAGAAGAGUUCAUGCGAAGGAGGCAAGUUAACAAAAAUAUUUUGGAAUACGGAUAAAGUUGACAUUUACUAGGAGCUACCUUAACCGCGUGAGGAGAGGCCUUUGCCCAGCGGGAUAUUUGCGGGCAGGUGUUAUACAAGAAAGGUUUUCUCCCGUAUAAGGUAUAUCUAGGUAUAUUGUUUAUCUAUCUAGGUUUAUAAACUCGACAUUUUCUUUACCACUUUGGUAUUCAUUUUCUAUAAUGUGAAUUACUAAUUUGCGUAUUAAUUUCCUGUUUAAAAACGGCAGCUCUGUAUUUGAGAGACGAGUAAGGGAGCAUUAUUUGUCCUAUUAAUUUAAUUUCGACCUGACUAUGUAUAUUUUUAGAAAGUAAUGUAUUCUUGUUGUUGUAGUCGAUAUUCUACAUCUACAUUUCUAACAAAGUUCUCCUUUCACAGGUCUGCUGGAAGGAAUUAUUUAAAGAAAUAAGCAGCACCUUUGUACUGUUGUACACCUCUUUUCGAAUAUUGUUUAAUAUUAGCCUAUAAAUGUAACCCUGCUAGGCACAGCCUCUUCCCAUAUAGGGAAAGUUCAAGCAUUGAUAAAUUAUUCGUGUACAUAAAAUAGUUCAAAAUAAAUAAAGAAGACAAGCAUAUUAUAAAUAG